UUUGAAAGCGGAUUGACGUCACCGAUGUUGCGUCUCCUUCACGUAGUGUUUCGUAGCCGUUUGACGGUAUGUGGAAAGUAGCAAUGUCGGAGGAGGUUGGGAAGGCGGUCCAGUCGGUGCUGGAGCGGGUGAAGCAGGCGGCGGCCAGGCGGCCCAAGACGCUCCCGGCUGUGCCGCCCCGCCUUGUAGCUGUCAGCAAGACCAAACCCCCAGAGAUGAUUGUGGAGGCCUACAGACAAGGACAGCGCAACUUUGGAGAAAAUUAUGUCAAUGAGCUUGUGGAUAAAGCUUCAGAUCCUGAGAUUUUAGAAUUUUGUCCAGAAAUCAAGUGGCAUUUCAUUGGCCACCUACAGAAAAAUAACGUCAACAAACUUUUGGGUGUUCCUAACCUUUUCCUCUUGGAGACGAUCGAUUCUCCAAAACUCGCCGACAGGGUCAAUAGUUCGUGGCAGCGCCUCCGAGGAGCGAGCAGCCAGAGGUUAAAGAUCAUGGUGCAGGUCAACACCAGUGGAGAGCAGAACAAACAUGGCCUACCGCCGGAGGACACGGUCAACACGGUGAAACACAUCGUGUCUCAGUGCUCUGCCCUGCAUUUCUCAGGACUCAUGACCAUCGGUCGCUACGGCUACGACCUCACACUGGGACCCAACCCUGACUUUCAGAUGCUGUUGAGUCGGCGGCAGGAGGUAUGCGACACCCUGAAGCUGCCCAUGGAGGAGGUGGAACUCAGCAUGGGCAUGUCCACUGAUUUUGAACAUGCGAUUGAAGUGGGCGCCACCAACGUGCGAGUCGGCAGUAUCAUUUUCGGCAACAGGGAGUACCCCAACAGCGCGUUAAACACUCCUAAUCCCAGUCCCCUUCCCAGUCCGGCUCCCAGCCCUGAGAAAACAUCCAAGACAGUGUCAGAGGAGGCUGCCAAGAAGAUGCACCAUCUUACUGUAUCUGAACACUAAAAGGAGAUUAUUAAAAUACCUCCAGGACAUUAGGAGGAAAAACUAACAUACAUUUGAACUUAUGACUUCUAACAUAAUUUUACAGAAUAGUCACAAAAAACGGACUUUAUUUCCCCUUUUAGCUUUUUUUUUAAUCAUUCAAUUAACAUUAAGUUAAGAGCUACAGCAGUUAGGAUGUCUUUUCCAUCUUUACUAGUGGUGUCCAAGAGGUGUUUUCAACCUGGAGGGAUCUGACUUCCAACAUAUGGAAGACUUUUAGUGUCCACCUGAUUCAAACCAAUGAAAACAGUAGUUUAGGGGUAGUUAGAUCUUUGUUUUAGAAACUGGGGCUGUGUGAUGUACGUGUUAGCAGUCAGUAUCUUACCUUCAGUGGACAGCAGUCCAAUAUAUCCUUCAGUAAAAUGAAGAACAAUAAGUAUGCUUAAGUUCUCCACAACUCAAAUUCAAUAAUUGCCUAGCUGUUUGAGUGAAUGCUAUUUAAACAAUUUUUACAUCUCCUCUCCUAUGGAAGAAUUGUUUCAUUGGUCACAAUUGAUACAGAUAUGUAGCACAACAUCCAUAUGGAUCUAUAGCAUAUGCACCAGGAGUUGUUCUGACUCUAAAAAAACAGACCUUCCUCUAUAAUCUGGUUUAUACAGAUAUUCUGUACAGAUUAUUCAUCCCAGAAUAAGGCCUGUGGUCUUCUCUUGCUUAAUCUCACAUCUUUGUUGUCCAGUAGUUGCUCUUUUUGGAUUUAACCCAUUACAGGCAAAUCGGUGCCAGGAUACGUUGGUGUUAGCAGGAAGGCGAAGGCGUUCAGAAAAUAAUAAUGUUAAUUUGUUCUGGGUCUUCGUGGCAGUUAUCUUGACUCACCAGUAAGAACUGAAAUCACCAAGUUCUGUCCAUUACUGGUAGGAUACUGACUGCUCUCAGGUAGGCCCCAUAACCUCACUGAUCUUAUUUUUUUUCAGAUUUCCUUUUAUAGGAAAAUGUCUAACUGGUGUUAAUAAUAUGGAAGUGCUUUUAGUUUCCAUUACUCUGGUACAAUUUAUUAAAAACAUGGUAAAUUCAUGCAAUCAAUUUCUCCUGAGUUCUAACAAAUGGUUGAGGUGGUUCAAUGUUUUCUAUCUUUCCAACUGAACAAUGUGAGGUCAAAACCUCUACGCAGUACAACAACCAUUUUUGUUGUAAAACACAGACCUGAUUUAAUAAAUUGUUUAUCCCUUUAUAACAAUUAUUGUGCAUUUUUCAUAUGACGUGCCGAACGUCAGAUUUUAUUCUUGAUAUUGACAAACCUAAGAGGUUUUUUUUUUGCUUCCGUUCGGUGUGUUUGUGCCUGUGCUGUGGUGUGUUGUUCGAGAUGACAGAAAGUGAAUCUAUGCAAAUGUUAGGAGGUUUUUAAAGGUGCCAGCUGUGACGUCGCAGUGGUUUCCUCAGAGAUGUUUAAGUGUUUUUCUGUUUCCAUAUAAAGUGUCAGUGGAUAAACUCUAAAGUAAGAUGGCAACUUGUGGUUAGACGUAUCCUUACUGUCAUAAGGCGUUUCAGCAUUGUUUGGUUUGGUUUUUGAUGAGAGGCCAAAGCCAAGCAAUAAAUUUUACUGUUGAAAAGA